AACUAAGGAAUAACAUCAGUUCACUAGUUUUUUUGAUUUUUUUCGCCAAACAACUACACUAUAAACAAAUUAAUUUUUUUCCUAAAAAUGUUGAAUUGGAUACAACUGAUACAAGUGACUAAAUAUUUUUGUAUAAGCUAUACAUAUUAUAUAAUUUAUUUUUAUGUAUCUAUAGGGUAUAAACCUUCUACUAAUAAUAGGUAAAGAGCAAACAAUUAUAGAGCCCUAAACUUCAUAACCUAGUUUAUUACCUACUUAAAUUAAAUGUAAAAAUAUAUAUAAUUUAGUGCAUUUUAUGUAUAGAACAAUAAACAGAAGACUACAUGUUAAGUGAUGUCAAGUAUAAUGUAGUACAUAAUAGAGACAACUAAUAAAAAAAAAAAAAAAAACAAACUGCUGGAAAGGCUGAACAACGAUGAGUGACGUCCAUCUGGAAGACUUGUUCCACGAGUGCGAUCGAAAUGGACAGGGGAAAAUCGGUCCUGUUGAGUUUCAAGAGCUGUGCGCUAAAUUCGACAUUGGCCCCAGUGACUCGGAUGUAAUAUUUACCGACUUGGAUCGCGAUGGUGAUGGGCAAAUAUGCUUGGAAGACUUUGCAUGGGGAUUCCAGGACUUUUUGUCGCCUGACAAACAAGAUAAACCUGAUAAAAUUAUGUUUCACGGAGAUAUGCAAAGGAGACACUCGCACGCCUGGUCUAAUUUCAUAGCUGGCAUCGGUGAACCAGCUUUGCAGAAAUUAUUUCAUACAAGUGGGAAAAAAUUAGCUGAUUUGUAUAUGGAAAUACAAAACUGCAGUCCAUCAGCAGAUCUUAUAACACAUUUUGAAGGAGCAUUGAGUUCUUUAAUGCAAGAUGUUAAACGAUUACAUGAGGACAAUGAAAAACUUGAAAUAAUGUUUAAUCGCGAACGUCAAAUGCAUAUGAUGAGACUACGAGGUCUGGAAGAAGAAAUAGACGCACAAGUAGCAAAAGUAGAAGCUCAAGCCAGAGACGAAGCAAGGGAAAAAUUUGAAUCUGAAAAAAAAGAAUUAAUGAAAAAAAUGGAAGCUGAAACAAUUGAAUUGAAAACACAUUUGAAAUUGUUUCAAAAGGUGAACACGGUAUUAAGUCAGAAAAAAGUGGAUAAAAAUGAUAUGGAUGAAACCAUUGAAGAGUCAAGAGAGUUAAGACGUAAAUUGAUUGAUACGCAGACGAAUUUAGCAGUUGUUCGUUCAGAAAUGGAAAAACUUCGGUCUGAAUACGAAAUGAAAUGCGAGCAAUUUAAUAACAAAAUACAAGUUAAUAUCGACCCUUUAGAAGAAGAAAGUGGAGCCCAAUACACUAUAAAAAGACUAAUGGAUGAUAUUGAUAGCGGACGUUCAACUCUUAUGGAAUCGAAUUAUUACCAAAGGGAUUUACAAGAUGAACUCUCAAAUGCAUCUUCUAUAAAUGGACCUUAUCAUUCGGCAAAAACGAUAGAAUUUGAGGAAAUGAGUUUAUCCGGUCGCGAAUCGCACAAUACUAUGCAUUUCCACUCACCUACUAGUGCGAUGAGUAUAAAUAGUUAUGAAAUAACCAAUGGAGAUCCAGAAAGAACAUACAAAAUUGUAUUCGCUGGAGAUGCAGCUGUGGGUAAAACGUGUUUCAUUCAUCGUUUUUGUAAAGGCACUUUUGCUACAAAACUCGGAUCCACAUUAGGCGUUGAUUUUCAAGUAAAAACAAUCAGAGUUGAUAAUAGAAACGUAGCAUUACAAUUAUGGGAUACUGCUGGACAAGAAAGAUUUCGUUCCAUUACAAAGGCAUAUUUCCGGAGAGCAGAUGGAGUUGUAUUGCUUUAUGAUGUUACGAACGAAAGAUCUUUUAUCAAUAUCCGUCAAUGGAUUUUAUCAAUUACGGAUGUAUCUGAUAAACAGUUACCAGUAUGUAUUUGCGGAAAUAAAGUUGACUUGAGGCAAGAAGCGGAGUCACAGGGAUUAACGUGUGUUUCAACAGAGCACGGCGAACUUUUGGCUAAGGAUUACAAUGCAUUAUUCUUUGAAACUAGUUCUAAACUCGGAUCGAAUAUUAAUAACGCAUUGGUUACGAUAUCUAGAGAAAUGUUAAUUAGAGAAGAUGUUGAUAUUCAAACAUCUGCUUUAUGCGUUGCAGAAAAAGAUCAUCGGAGAUUAAAUUUGUCUUGUUGUUAA